AGUGACCUCUCCCAUUCAACAACAACUGCUCAUGUGUGGGACUUAUUUAGGAAAACACAUGCGUCCUUGGCGCGGUGGAAAAGCCGGAAUGACUUUGCAGUUUUUGACUGUAUAAAGUCGAGGCGAUUUUACUUGUUCCUAGUCACUCUUUGCAUGCACAGCGCUUCAGCCAAACAGUGACGUCUUACUGUUUGAUAAACCUUAGCUUUUCCGGGUUCUUUGAAGAUUGCAUCAGCUUGAAGCGUUGUAUUUUUGCUGGCGCAAACAAGGUGAGCUUGCAACCCUACGCAGAGGUCAGCCAAAUCAACACGUGUUGUUUCCAACCCUUGGACUGAACGUCUGUGUAUUACUUAAGAAAACUGAAGAAUGGCAUGCUCUGCACUGAGAACAGUGGUGCUUACCACAAGGCCGCUGCUGCAGUUCCGGGCUGCACCAGCGGGGGCGCUGCACUUCUCUACCACCACCCCAGCGGCUGGAGAGAAGAAGCACUACAAGCUGUGCAUCGUGGGAGGGGGCGCUGCCGGCAUUUCUAACGGCAGCAAGUUUGGGAGGAAGCUGGGCCAAGGAAACGUCUGCAUAGUGGAGCCCUCUGAGGUCCACUACUACCAGCCCAUGUGGACCCUGGUUGGGGGCGGGGUGAAGUCGCUCACACAGUCGGGGAAGGCCAUGGCAGACGUCAUGCCGCAGACCGUGGACUGGAUCAAGGCUGGGGCAGAGGAGUUCUCACCUGAGAACAACCUGGUCAGGUGUUCAGAUGGGACAGAGAUCACCUAUGAUUACUUGAUAGUUGCCAUGGGACUACAGCUGCACUAUGAGAAGGUGAAAGGUCUCCCAGAAGCGUUCCAGUACGAUGGUGUGGGUUCCAACUUUAGUUCCAAGUAUGUGGAGAAAACCUUCCGGGCCAUUCAGGACUUCAAGGGAGGAAAUGCCAUCUUCACCUUCCCAAAUACUCCCAUCAAGUGUGCCGGGGCUCCACAGAAGAUCAUGUAUCUGGCAGACGACUACUGGACAAGGAAUAACGUAAGAGACAAAGCCAACAUCAGCUACAACACAGCUCUGCCGGUGGUGUUCGGAGUGAAGAAGUACGCUGCGAUCCUGGCCGACCUCUGCCAGAGGAGGAACCUGAAGAUCAACUACAGACACAACCUUGUGGAGGUCAUACCUGACAAGAAGGAGGCUGUGUUUGAACAUGUGGUAUCCUGUAUAACAACCUGAGUGCCAUCAUGGACAGCCAGGAGCCUGGGAAGAAGUAUGAUGGGUACACGUCCUGCCCCCUGGUGACCAGUAGGGGGAAGUGCAUCCUGGCGGAGUUUGACUACGACCUGCAGCCCCUGGAGACGUUCCCCGUGGAUCAGGGGAAGGAGCGACGCACCAUGUGGCACCUCAAGGCCAACGUCAUGCCGGAAAUCUACUGGACUGGUCUGCUCAAGGGCAGAUGGGCUGGUCCAGGCUUCUACAGGAAGGCCAUGAGGCUGGGCAUGGGCAAGUGAACUGCAAGGGAGGGGAGGACAGGAUCUAGUUGGACCUCAUUGUCUCAAACAUCUGGCUGAACGUGCCUUUAGACAACAGGGUUUACCUGCAGCGUGGAAAAUUAAGUAUGUAGAAUAUUAUUUAGCUACGUAUACCUUCAAGAGUAAAGUCGGUGCCACAACACAGCAAGUGAAAAGAUAAACUUGCUUCGAGCACCCUAGUCAAACUCUUGCUCACUGCGGCACUAAUGCUUUUUUGCUGCUUUUAGUCUGCAUUAAUUCCA